GAGCGAUCUGGCGCGACGGGUGGCGACGGCAGAUACGCGCCUGGCAUUGGCGACAGGUACUGGGACUUGACCGAUGCUGAGGUCGAGCAGCUCAUGCAGCGCUGCGACGAUGCCGACGCCGCCAAGGCUGCUGGGAACCCAACCCCGUACGGUGGUCGGGCCAUCCGGAGCCAGGCGCUGGCCAUCGUGCCGCGCGGCUUGCCGCCCCUAGCAGGUGCCCAGCUUGUUCGUUUGGAGCGCGCGGAUGUCUUGCAGCGGGCGGAGGAAUUCAGGGUCCUCGCACGGCACCGUCACAAGCUCCAGCGCGAGAAAUCAGCGGAGGAAGACCGCCGAUGUGCUCAGGAUGACUUGUCGCUGGACGGCAUUGUGGCGGCGGCCUCGUCCACUUUUGCUGCAGUUCGCGACGUGCCGCACAACGACGAGGGGGGCCCCCCGUGGAAUGGAGUUGGCGGAGGCGACCUGGUUUUCUUGUCGCAGCGGUGGUCAGAGCUGAAGAGGCUCGCCGAGGCCAUCGCGACCAUCGAUGUCAGAAAAUACAGGCAGAGUGGGAUCAGCGAGCUCCAUAAGGCCUUGGUCGGCGUCUUCCGCGACCGCUGCGGGACCGCGCAGCAGCCGACGUCCAAGCUCGCUGGGAAGGUCGCGUUCGACCUCGGCGCGCUCGCAGACGAAGUGAUCUUUCUCCUCGUGGCGUUCACCUUGGAGAAGCCAUGGGAGAUUACGUUCUUGGAGCUGGGCUCGCCGACACCAAGCACCAGUUUCACGCAGUACGAGCUGACCGCCACCAUGCGGACAACGCUUCGCUGGGAUUGCGCCUGGCUUGAGGUUUAUUUUGGCGCCGACAUCGUGGGCGAUUUCGCGCCGAACAAGUGUUUCGUGAAACAGAAGUCUGCUGGCCUGCGCCCGAUAUGGAUCCCAAAGGGAGCGAAGAGGUCCGCGGAUGGAUUUGCUUCUUGGGCGGCCCUGGCGGCCGCAGAUGACGAUGGCGAUCCCGACGACCUCGGAGGGGAAGUUGCUGUCGAUGCAGCUGCAGAGUCGGACGAGCCCGACCCUGAGGGCGACGAGCUGGCGGCUGAGAGCGAACCAGGAGAUAGCGCAGGCACUGAGGCUGGCGGCAGCGCAUUGUCAGAUGACAUCUCCGACGGCGGCGGGGGCCUGCCAGCUCACACCGUUGUUAUUGUGCCUGGCCUCGGGCGGAUCAGCUAUUACGACACAUUUGAUCGGAAGUACUUCGUGGCCAACUGCGCGGACCCUGGUCACGUCUGCCACUUGCCGUGCCACACCACUCGCGUGUCCACGCCAGGGCACAAGAAGGGUCAAGGCCGCCCGCUCGGGUGGAUGAUGUCGUGGCUGGAGCGGCAGGGCGGCCUUGCGGCUGCCGGGGCCGCGACGCGGCAUGACCAUGUGCACGGCGGCUGGAGGCCCACGUUCGAGGGGCGCCGCGCGGCCGGAGAGCGGCUCGCUCUGUUGCCUG